ACUUGGUAGCCUGUUUCGUGGUUGAGGGUAACGAAAAGCUUCCUGAUGAACAUCUGGUCACGGGCCUGUCGGUCUGAGUGGAGCGUGUGUCCCGGUUACAGGCCCACGUUGGCAACUCCAGCGGGACAAGCAAGCCUUCCCUCGGCAGCGUCUUGCUUGCUCUGCACUGGUAGCAUGGCUCAGACUUUCUGGUUUUGAACCCCUCUGUCUUGUGUGCCGACAGCCAGUCUACCGUGAGAGUUAGGCUGGUUGCCUGCUAGUGCUGCAUAUGGGUCUCUUUGUCAGCAACUGGGAGUGACUUCCUCCCAGAAAGUCCACCUGUCACCUGACUGGCUGUGCCACUUUUGUGUCUGCAGGAAAUAACAAUUAAUGGUGCUUAUUUCUCCCACAUCUUCCACCUGACAAUUGGGUGGCACUUAACAAACUUGAAUUAAGUUUUGUGGCUGCAUCCCUGUGAUGUAGGUAAAUAACUAUUAUCCCUAUUUUACUCAUGGCUAAACUAGCGACAGAGCCAUGGUUUGCUUAAUGCCUUGCAGUCAGGAGCAGAUAUGGAUAUGAAACCCAGGCAUCUGCCUUCCGAUUUGCUCUUCUGCCUGGUCCACACUCCUUGGCAGUGAUCCCAUUUUAUGCAGUUUGCCAUCUGGGGUUAUCCGCACUUGGAGAAGCAGAGGUGGGAUGUUCUGCUGACUCAUGAGUGUGUGAGGUUUUUCGGUUUUCUUUGCUGUGACGGUAAUGAUUUCUUUAAGUGCAAGCUAUUCCUGUCAAACCAAACGCACAUCACUGAAAAAGCCAAAGCCAGCCAGGCUUGCAUUUGCCCUUCAGAGCAGUUUUCAUCAGCUGUACAUAAUGGAGAUGAUAACUGUUACCUAUGUCAUAGGGGUAUUUGUAAGCCUUAAUCUAUUAAUGAGCCUCAGAUAAAGGGUUUUACAAAAGUUGCAGAGUAUACGUACUAUUGGCUUAUGCUGGUAUCUCAGGAGCUCCUUAAUAUGAAGAAUUGCUUUUGAGUUAAGCAAACUAAUUUUCUUUUCGUCAUAGAUCACCAGAAUGUGAAGUGCUGGGGAAUGAGACUUGACUUUACUAAAGGUCUGCGUGGCCCUGCUCUCCUCCCACCGGAAUCUCUUCCUCUGCCGCCAUCAGCUGCGUGUGGAGCCUGCCCCACACCAUCCCCUGCCAAACCACGGCCUUUACCUGCGUCUUCCGGUGUUUCCCGUGCGACCCUUCCUGUGGGAGUGCCUCCUGGGCCACCCCGGAGUUCACGCAGCACUCGGUGGCUCCAAUGGUGAAGAUGACGAGGUCCAAGACUUUCCAGGCAUACCUGCCUUCGUGCCACAGGACCUACAGCUGCAUUCACUGCAGGGCUCAUCUGGCCAAUCACGAUGAACUCAUUUCCAAGUCCUUUCAAGGAAGCCAAGGGCGAGCCUACCUCUUCAACUCAGUAGUUAACGUGGGUUGCGGCCCAGCAGAGGAGCGGGUGCUACUAACAGGAUUACAUGCGGUUGCAGACAUUUACUGUGAAAACUGCAAAACCACGCUGGGCUGGAAAUACGAACACGCUUUUGAGAGCAGCCAGAAGUAUAAAGAAGGCAAAUACAUCAUUGAACUAGCUCACAUGAUCAAGGAUAAUGGCUGGGAUUGAACGGGAGGAGCCCGGCCAACCCGGCAUGUGAGAGAAUGCCAUCCAACCGAACAUUAUAUCCAAGAGUGAGAGAGUGACUGAACGCUUGGUUCCAUGCAUUUAGAGGCUCUGCAAUCUGGGAGCAUCUUCACACCCUUCUCCAUCCUUAUUGGUGACUGGCCUCUAAAUUUCUGUCUCUCUGUCUCUUUGCUUUGUAUCUGUUUGUGAGUUGACCCUGGCUGCUUCUCUCUCUGUUCUGGCGUUGGCUAAGAGAAUGCACCAAAUGCCCGACAGCAUUCCAUGUUGACGAAUGUCUAAGCGCGAACUGAAGCUGGCUUCUUUGGCGGCAUUUUAUCGGAAGGUCUCGGCGUGGGAAGGAGACCUGAGUCUUGGUGGACCAACAGCACAAACCGCUGGACUGUGCUUGCUGCGUGAGGAGCUGUUUGCAGUGCUGAGUAGCUGUCGCACGCUCUUUCCUUUCCUCUCUUUGGUGCACAGGUUUUAAAAAGAAAAACGAAAAAAAAAAUCUGCAAAUGAAACUUGUCGUUCUUGUGAUGAUCAAAUACGAACUUUCUCUGUAUGCGUUUUUCUAAUGAUAUGUGAGUGUAUUAAUCAUGCAUUUCAUUGUACUUCCUCAUUUCGGAAGAAGCAUCAUGGUUCUGAAUGAGAUGGUUCUUGGAUGAACAGGUUAUGUGCAAACCCCCUGUUGGGUGAACAGAUCUGCAAGAAGCAGAGCUCUGCUCCGAGCUCCUCCCGCUGGCUGUGGGAAAGCUCGGAGACGAUUAUGUUCCGCGUUGAUUUUGAAGACUUCUGCUUGCAGAGAGCAAGCGGGAAAGCGUUUGACCAGAGCAUUUAAUUCUGAAACAAAAUCAGCGUGUUUAAGCAGUAUGGCGCUGGGUAAGGUACAAUCACAAAUAAGCUAUUCUCAUUGUUACGGACUCCUUUGUGCUGUUUCUCAUGAGGAAAUGGGAAUGCUUUCCCCACUGACAAAAUGAAGAGACGAUAUUUCCGAUACCAGCCUGUCUGUUGAUGCUCUCGUGUUUACAAACUGUGUAUACUUUAAUUUCUCUGAUCUUAUUUUAAUUUUAUUUUUUGGCAUAUUCUUUCAGGUCAUUUGCUUUGGUGAGAAAUGCAAUUGUUUGUUUGUUUUUUCAAAUAAUUUGUUUUCACCUUUUCAUGUAUUUGUACAUUGUACAUAGUUCUUCAGUAUUAGAGGGAGGCGUAUUGUUUGUCAUAUUUACAAUAUGUGUUGGUGCUCAUUUGAGAAAAUAAAGUUUUCAAAUAUUAAAACCAUGGACCUGCUUCUCUAUUUUUCCUCCCAAGA